GUAGUGCCGGCACCUGGCAAGGCGAAGCACGUAUGAGUAAAACUAGUUCCCUUGCUGUAUGCGUUUAAUCAAAUACGUUUUUAUCAUAAGGUCCUUCAACACGAAGCUUCUCUGAGGAGUGCUUAUUCACAGCUUUCAAAUUUACUGAAAUGCAACACUACUGGCAAAAAUGAAACCCAGUAAAAUGACGACAUCUACGACAUAGUCUAAAAGGUUUAGAAGCGGCGAAAACAACUGUUAACGAAAACCACAUUCAAGAGGGCAAAGAAUCUGACGAAAGACAGGAGGACUUGAAAAAUAAGUUACUGUCACGCACAAUUUAAUAAGUGCUUAUGAACUGUUAAAACAUGUAACUGUCAUUGCUCCAAAUUAUGCUACUGUUGAAGAAUUGAAAUCAUUUCAUUCUGAAGAAUAUGUUGAAUUUCUGAGAAAGAUAAAUGAUUUGUCUGAAGGAAGAGUUAUUGGAUGAAGAGGAAGAAGAAAUGGAAAAAUAUGGAAUUGGUUAUGACUGUCCAUUUAUACCUCAGAUAUUUAAUGCUGCCUCAAUGAUUGGUGGAGCUACUUUGACUGCCGCCAAAGCCUUGCUUAGUGGAGAAUAUCAGACUGCAGUAAACUGGGGAGGAGGCUGGCAUCAUGCAAAAAAGGAUCAGGCAGAUGGUUUUUGCUAUGUAAAUGACAUUGUCUUGGGAAUUUUGCAGUUACUGCAGAAAUUCAAACGGGUUCUUUAUAUAGACUUGGAUCUUCAUCAUGGAGAUGGUGUAGAAGAAGCAUUUGCUCAUACAUCUCGUGUUCUGUGUUUUUCAGUUCACAAACAUGAAGUUGGCUUUUAUCCAGGUACAGGUCUUCUUAAAGAUAUUGGUUAUGGGAAAGGGAAAUACUAUACUAUUAAUGUUCCUUUGUUUGAUGGUAUUCAAGAUUCACAGUACCUAGAACUAAUUAUUCCGUUAUUAUCUAAAACCUGCAAAAAAUUCCAACCAGAUGUAGUAGUCUGUCAGUGUGGAGCAGAUGUUCUUGCUGGUGAUCCAUUUGCUGCUUUUAAUUUAACACUUAAAGCACCUGGAGAAUGUCUGAAACUUUUAAAAUCAUGGAAUCUGCCACUGUUAGCUCUUGGUGGAGGUGGUUAUAAUACUGUAAACACUGCAAGAUGUUGGACAUAUCUUUUGUCAUUAUUACUGGACAAAAUUGUGGAUUCUGAUAUACCAGAUCACAAGUAUCUCAUGAAAUACGGUCCUGACUAUGAAAUUCAUGUUUACCCAAGAACAAUGCCUAAUCGAAACCCAACCGAGCAUCUUAAACUAAUAACAGAUACUGUUUUAAGAUAUGAAGCACAUCGAGGACAUAUAGAUUUAAAUUUAUAUUAA